AUGUUCUGGCGCAGGGUGUCUGCACAGGUCAAAGGGCUGGUGGCUGCUCGCGCAUUUCAUUGUCUCUCUUCAACCCCCCUCUUGCAUGCACAGCAGCUAACGGUCUCUAACUUGCCUUCUUCUUUGCCGCUGCUUCCUCCUUCAGCAGCGGCUCCUUCUGCGCUGCUCAACGCCCCCAGGAAGCAUCUGCUGCCUGCUGCUGCAGCAGCUGCUGCUGCUGCGGGAUCUCAAGAUGUGCUGCAGCAGGCAGAAGCCUCUGCUGCUUUUGAAGAACUCAACCAACCAACUCCAAACCCAGGACAGCCCCACCGCCAGCUUCCCCCUCCUUGCCUUGCACGCCGUGUACAUACACCUCAAAUAGAACGACGGAAAUCGAACAGCAGCAGCGAUAAAACCCUUGCUGCUUCUCCUCAGGCGUCAGCAACAACUGCAGCAGACACCGCCGCUGAAGAGCAGCCGCAAGAAAUACUAAACAGCAGCAAACAACAUGCACAUAGCGUUGAAGUUGAAAAGGAGAACAACAAGACCCCAAGACUGCUACCGCCACCAGCCACCUACUCUAGGGAUAGGCUCGCAGCAACCGCAGCUAACGUGCAGCACCUUACAAAGCAGCAGAAGCAGCAGCAGCAACAGCAGCAAAAGCAACAACCAGCAGCGCCCGCUGCAGAUGAACUAUCGGGAGCAGCACCUGCUGCAGCUAAGCCAGCUGCACCACCAUCUGCUGCAGCAAAAACAGCUGCAGCAGCACCUGCUGCAACAGAACUCGCUGCAGCAGCAGAGCCUAGGAAUGAGACGAGUGCUGCAGCUCCACCCGUCCCAGCAGCAGCAGCAACAGCAGCUAGUGCAGCAACGACUAGAGAAGCAAACGACAAUCAAGAAAAAGAAACAGAGUCCUCUAAAAGAAAGCAGGCGAAACAAACACAGGGAAAAACUGCCAAGAAGGCAAUGCGAAAGCAGUCUGCAGAGCAGCAGCAGCAGCAGCAGCAAGUUGAUUCGCUGCUGCACGAGCCGCUGCAGCAGCAGCAGCAAGAUAGUCUGCUGCUGCAAGAGACGCUGCAACAGCAGCAGCAAGUUGGUUCCCUUACAAAGAGCCCCGCUGCUGCAUGCGCCCACUCGGACGCAGCCCCACUUCCUGCUGCGCUGCCGACAGCAGCAGCAGCAGCAGAAGCAGCAGCAGAAGCAGCAGCAGCCCUCAAGAAAAAGAAAGCGCAGAGACCUGUAGGGAGGCCCCGAAAGGGAGGAAAACAGGCGAAGUAA